UUGGGCUGCAGCUGUGCCCUGUCCCCCCAGAUAUCUACGUGUGCAUGAUCUCCUCUGCUCACAACGUGGCGGCGCAGGGCAAGUACAUCGCCAUCGCCAGCACCACCGUGGAGACCGCCGACCCGGAGAAGGAGAUCAAGCCAGCCUUGGACCUCCUGGAGCCCAUUGAGCAGAAGUUCGUGAGCAUCAGUGACCUGUUUGCACCCACCGACCCCGGCACCGAGAGCCAGAUCUUCAUCUCGCGCACCUACGACGCCACCACCCACUUCGAGACGACGUGCGACGACAUCAAAGAUAUUUAUAAGAGGAUGAUGGGAUCAGAGUUCGACUUCGAGGAGAUGAAACGCAAGAAGAACGACAUUUAUGGGGAGGAGGAGCAGCAGUAAUGAGAGUCUCUAAUUAGGAGGAGUUUAAAUCGGCUAAUAUGAAUAUAUAAGGAACUUAAUGAACACUGUACGAAAUUCAAUAUUGUAAGGCCUGCUUUUGUAAUCCCAUCUCUGAGAGAUUGAAGAGUACUGCACUGGUAAUGUUCCCUUUUUGGAUAUCAUGUGUUAAUUAUUUCAUUCUAGUAGGGCUGCUGUCCAGAAUCUGGCAAAUUCCUGACUGAUAUUCCUGACUAACCUCGUAAGCGAAAGGCAGACUGAACUUAUUAUUAUUUUUGCAGACGUAGACGUGGGUGCAGAUUCGAAAUAACUCAUUGACAGCUGUGUCUUACCUUGUCUUUUUAAUCAUUUGUAAAACAUCCUUCACAAUCCUGUGCUUCUGGUGAGCUCGUAGAUGUGACGCUGAUGUCACUCAAACCUGAUUAUCAAGGAAAAUAGAAACUGAGCACUCCAUUAUUGUGGACAGCAUCCCUAAAAGUCUCUCCCAUCAAUCUUAACUCUGUGGCAAAGUUGUAUCAUGGACAAAGCCCACACCUAUUGUAGCAGCAAAUGUUGGCUUCGUUCUGGGCACAGAACUUAACCUCCACUUAAGCUUCUAAACCCGUUUACAUCGGUUGGGACACAGCUGUGCCUCAGGCUCCUUUGUGUUUUAAUCUUAAUAAAAUUGAGAGAACAAAUUACAGAGCAGGCAAGAUGUGGAAGUAUUUUCUGUCCCCCGGUGGCUUCUCGGAUGGACCAAACGGCGCUGCGGUAUCGGCAUGACAGAGCCUGUGCUUCUCGUGUCUCCUGAAGGCUCCAAAUGAUUUCUGUACUGCGAAGUAAAGCCAAAUUCUGGAAAACCA